AUUCAGUUACAUAACUUGAGCCAUAAACACAUGAAUUGCGUUCAUUGUUUAUGCAUCCGUUUCUUAAAUUUCGUUGUCUACUAAUCGAAUACAAUAUAUAACCAUCAUUUAUUAUGAAGUAUUUCACCGUGUAAUACAUAGAACUUUUCAUACUUCCAUUGGUAACACUGGCAAUUGAUAACACUCGAUGACACAUAGACUUGACAUAUUUUUCUAUUUAACAGAAUCGUCGCUUUCGAUAUAAAGUUUCACUGAUGUUACGUAGUUAAAAUGAGACAAACCUUUAUGCAUUCUUUAGAGUUGUCAGAAAUCACGAACUACGGAUAUUUGUAACUGUAACAGAGAAUAUAUAUACAUAUUCGUAAAACAUAACCUACGAUUUUUAAAUGAACAAGGAAAGGUUGGAGACUAAAACUGUCAAACAUCCUGCCGUAAAGGAUGUUGACAUAUCGGAUCCGCAUGGACGAUUAAAAGCUAUAGCAGACUGUGCCUCUGCUGUAGAAAUAGACCCUAAUACUCCACCGCAAAGAUAUUAUCGUUCGGGUGUGGAGAUGAUCAGAUACGCAGACAUGAGUAUGAAGGAUAACGACCUUCUACACGCGUAUCAUUUAUAUGUGAAAUUUAUAACGAUAUUUGUGGAAAAGAUAAGAAAUCAUCCACAAUUUCAUGUAGUCCCGUUAAAAGAUAAGCAGCUGAAUCAACAAACAUUACGCGAAGUCAUGACCAAAGCUGAGGAACUAAAAAAGCAAUUAUUAGAACAAUUUAAGGCAGAAUAUGAGAAAUAUUUAGAAGAAGUAAGAGAGAGGGAAAAGAUCGAGAGGGAGAGAUUGAAAAAGGAGGAGCAAGAAAAAUUAAGAGGAGAGGAAGAGAGAAAGAACAAACUGGCGACGUUAGCAGCUGUUAGAGCAGAAAAAGCUAUGAGCACUAGUGUCGUGUCCUCUGAGGAAAACAAGUUGAAAAAAGUUCCUAGUAUAAUACCCAAACCGUUGAUAAGCCCAUCUUCUGAUAUAAUUGCACAGACAUCUAAAGACAAAUUUUUCAGAAGGACACCUACCAUAGAUCGUUCGACGAAGCCAUCUGUGCUUAUGAGUGACAAUCAUACUUUACGGGACAUAGUGUUGCCGACUAAAUUAAUGCACAAUUUCCUCAAGUUGGCUUUUACUAAUACAAUGAAUAAUAAAGAAACCUGUGGCAUCUUGGCAGGAAAAUUAGAAAGAAAUAGAUUGUUAGUCACCCAUCUAUUAAUUCCUGAACAAAUUGGGUCUCCAGAUUCUUGUUUAACGCAUAACGAAGAAGACAUAUUCGAUUACCAGGAUCAACAUAACUUAAUCACCCUUGGUUGGAUACAUACACAUCCUACACAGACUGCGUUUCUGUCCAGUGUCGAUCUCCAUACUCAUUGUGCAUACCAACUUAUGAUGGCAGAAGCAAUUGCCAUUGUUUGUGCUCCAAAAUACGACGAGACGGGAUUUUUUAUUUUAACUCCAGAAUACGGAUUAGAUUUUAUUGCAAACUGUAGAGAAACAGGAUUUCAUCCACAUCCAGCCGAACCAUCGCUGUAUACGAAAGCAAAACAUUGCAAAUUAGAUGUAACAGCGAUGAUAGAAGUAGUAGACUUAAGAAGAAAAUGACAUCUUUCAACGGUAAUGUUAUGCACUUGAUAUAACAAACUAUUAAUGGUCAUAAAAAAUUGAAAAUACUUUUGCUUACCUAAUACAAAAAUCUAGAAGGAAUGUUGCAAACUAACAUUUGCAAAGCUUUCAAUAUUUUUAUGAUAAAGUAUUUAAGAAGUAUUUGACGUAUUUAAUAUAUAAAAGAUUGCAUUUAAAACUGUACUAAAGUUUUUAGUGAAAACAAAUUUAUCAAUAAUGCAAAAUAAAUUGUAGCAAGUGGCACGAGAAAAACAAUUUGUGUGUAACUUCGCAAAUUAUAUUUAUUAAUUAAUAAUUAAAUUAACUGAAAAUAAUGAAGCUUUAUAAUAGGUGAACAAAAAUUUAGCAAAUAGCAACCCGUCAUUUAAUGUUUUUCGUGCGUAUUUAUUUUUUUUAACUCUGUCACACAAUUUAGUUUCUCUUAACGAGGUUAAUGACUCGUCUACGAGUUACACAUAUACAUAUAUAAAAAAAGGGAGGAGUGGAUACGUCUAAGAUUACAAAACACGGAUGUGCUUCUAUUAUUUUUUCAUGGUACUCAUAUUUAUCCGUACGGAUAAUAACGUUAGAAGAUAAAUGUACAAGUUCAACCAAAAUUGUUAUGAAUGUUAGUGAUGUGCAAAAUCUGUCUAUAAGUUUAUGUGCCUUUUUGAGAAAAAAUGGUGUUCAAGCAUGCUGAUUACGUGGAGGCUGUACAAUAUUUUCCAAGAUCGCUGUGAACUGCAUAAGACCGUAAAAUCGAAAAGUAAAUAAAGGCGUUGACAUUAUAAUAUAUGCUAGUCAUAAUUAAUCUACAGAGCUUGCUACGAAGUAUAUUGAAAUUGGUAUGUUGUUGAUGUAUCCGCUUGCGCAAUGCGUCGUUGUAAUUCUCAUUAGAAACGUUGUAUAUCCGAAUUGUAAUAGGCAACGGUGUUAAUAAGCUCUGAGAUAUUCGUACUAGUUAAGUAGCUGAUGCAGCUGAUUCGUGUACUUGUACAUUCGAUCGCGCGGCUCACGUUUUCCUUCUGCUAAGUUUCUUGUUCUUCGAUAAAUAUGCAGCUCCUCGUAUGUAAAUACAACCAUACAAUUUUCUUAAUCGUUUCCUUAAGCAAUACAAGGUGCAAAGAUUAGUUUUCGUCGUAGGAAAAACCGAUUUCAAUGCCAAAUCGCGUUUAACUAUACGAUAUAAUAUACGCGAGACCACAGAAAUGUAAAUCUUAUUUAAUUUAAAAACAUAUCAAUGUAAGAGAUAAUUUAUUGUAACUUAGCUGGCCUAAUUUCUGCGUGUAUCACGUGAGACGAUGUUAGCAAAGAAUUUAUAUUUCUCAAACAAAGAAAUAAAUUGUGGAGUAAUUUAACCAAGA